CAAGAUGGUGAAGCAAAAUAAGAAAAAAACCAAAACAAUGAAUGAGACCGAAGCGACGGCAUCGGCCUCCUCCAAUGAGGACAGCGACGAGGAUGCCAGUGUGAAUGUGGAUGCGGAUGAAGUGGAGGAGAGUCCACGUAAACGCAAACCUUUUAGCUCUAUAAUCGACGAAGUGACCAUCAAAUAUGUGCAGGACUUGACCAACGUGUCCAACCAAAAGGACGACGACCAAAAGCGAUUGGAGCUGUCUAAGCUGACGCCGGCAGAGAUGAGCUGCCACAUACGUCAGCUGGAGGCAGAACUCUUUGAGCUGAGCAAGCUCGAGGCACGGGAGCUCUCACGGAGCGCACACCUGCGAAUCUUUGGGAAUGCUCGCAAACGCGCCAGCAAGUAAUGGUUUGGGUGAAUUGAUACUGUGUUGUAUAUCAAAUAAAUGUUCAGCACAUAACUCCAGUAAAUAAGUAGCUGCCAUCUGGGCACA